AAUUGAUUGUUGCAUGAAAUUUUAUUGUAAAUCUACUGCGAGAACACUGCGACUAAUAAUGUUGAAACAGUAAUAACUAUAAUAUUUAUUGUUUUAUGGUUGUUUGUAGGGUAAAUGCUAUUGUAAAAUUCUAUUCGGGUAGAGAACACAUUGGUGGAAUAUCGAACUUGUUCGACUCAAAAAGUUACGUACAAUUACUUGGAAUCGCAGACGCAGAGACGAGUCGGAGGUAUCUAUUGGCUCGCAAAGAGUACAGAAAUGUCCUUCGAUUUUCUGAGCGAUGUGGUUGGAAAGUCUCUGCACAAAUAUAGUUUGUUACUAUGUGUUAAUUGCCGCAAGGUUCUACUGUAUCGAUUUUGUUGGAUAUAUUCGGCAAAUUUAAGACUAAGAGAAAUGAAAGCAAUGAAAUAUUCUAGAGCGAAUCAGUUAUAAACUUAGAACGGAAAACUAGAACUAGGCAGGCUCAUAUGGACAUGAUCGAAAGGAAAUGUGAAGAAUACUUUGCCUUCUGCUGGUAGGAGUUGGGCUUUCCACCCAAGUGUACCGCAUGGUCGUUGAUAGAACAUAACUCAUCAUCGCCGGGGUUAUUGUUGAUUCAACCGAUAAUACGAUUUAAAUCUAGAAGCUUCAAAACCAUUGAUAUUGUAGAAAUGAUAAUAUGGAUUGAAUCAAUUAUUGAAUGUAGCCCUGAGACAAUUAUUGUUGAAUUUAACCCAGAAUAUUGUUAUAUCUACAAUACAUUUUUCUGCGUGCAGUUUAACCCGGUUUACUUCAAACCUCAAUCGGUUGUAUCCAUCGUGUGCGAAGCCCAAAAGCUAAUCAGGCUUCCGGAGAAUCUAACGCUUGUGUCGAUUCUCGUUUUCCUUUAUUGCAUCUCCUAAGCAACUCACCGCCUUACCGUAACCCUCUCCUAGAUUCCACUGGCUUCAUUAGUUUUUCGAUUCCUUCAUCAAGAUUCGGCUGGUCAUUCAAUGGGACAGCUGAAACUUCUUCAGGAAUCUAACACGGAAAGUCCUAACAUCGAUGAAAUCGUGUGUUCAAAUGUUCUUGUUCUGUUUAAUUCCACGAAAAUUCAGUUCCAAGUUGGCGUGCAUUAAUCAGCUGUCAGCCUCUAUUGAGAUAUCUGACGUUUAAAAUACGCACACUGAGAUUUCGCAUUUUUAUACUACCGCCCUCCCCUUAAGCCCACAAGCGGUUUGUUUUCCUCCCAAUUCGCAGUGCAAAUGAUUUGUUUUCCUCCCAAUUUAAACGUCAAAACGGCACAAUACUAACGCAGCUGGAUAAGUCUAUACUUGUGUUGUGUUGAUGUUAUGUCAACACAUCAGUACUGAAUCGAUAAUCACAACAGUUGGGGGUGUUUGCUGAUACAUUAGGUAGAUUAGGUGUAAGACGGUGAAAUGGCGCAGUACAAUUUGGACGAUUUUGGGCCUAGAUAUAGUGAUCUGCCGAUGGAGAUUCUGGUCAAAAUAUUCCGAUACCUGAACGUAGGCGAUAGAUUUGCUGUCGGUUUGACCUGCAAACGAUGGCUGGAGGCCACACAGUAUCAACUGUUUGUGAACGAUAUUUGUCUCAACCUCCACAAAACGUAUUUCAGCGACUCUACCAGUCCAGUUCGUGACCUAUUGAGAAGUUCGCGAAAUUUUCAGAAUAUUGUACUAUCCCAGGUUGAAUUCAACGGAACUGAACUGUUCUUUUCCCGUUUCGGCAAACACAUUUAUGAACUGAGCUUGAAAGCAUGUGAUAUACGCGAGAAAUCGUUCUAUGGCAUACUGGUGACUGUUCCCAAUAUACGAGUGCUGCGCAUCGAAGGUUGCCGAGAAUUGUUAAUGUCCGGAAGGCUUUUCGAGAGCGCCAAAGAGCAAAAGCUAACGCAUACGUUGCAUAAUGUUUCUACAAUGAGUUUAGCGUACGGUCGGUAUCUUUCCGAUGCUCUAUUUCGACGUAUCGUAUCACUGACACCUAAUCUGGAAAACCUAGACCUUAGUGGAUGCUCGAUUUCUUUCCACAAAGGUUUGUAUCGGAAGUUCUACCCCACCCGAUCCGAUGACGCUUCCGAGAGCGUCCUGACUUUCCACUACAUAUCGCAAUUUAUCGAAUAUCAGGCAGAGAAGCUGAAAAUGUUGAACUUUAGCUCAACUCUAAUUGACGGAGAUUCGUUGGAAACGCUGGCCGGAAUCGACAAGCUACACCUUGAUACACUUGAUCUGAAUUCGUGCGAUCAGCUGACCAACUCGGGAAUCGCAGCACUUGCUCAAAAUCAGAACUCACUGCAACACUUGAAUUUCUCGAAAUCGGUGCGCUUUACGGAUGCUUGUCUGCAGAAAAUUUGUGUGCAUCUACCCAAUCUGAAAUCGAUCAAAUUACGUCGCUGUCGAGCAUUAACAGACCUGGGGAUCAAAGAAUUAGUACAACUGCAAAAACUGCAGGUCUUGGAUAUUUCGGAGUGUGAAUCAGUGACAGGACAGGGGAUUAUCAAAGGAAUCGCAUCUGCACCGAAUUCCGUUCUUUUGGAACUGUACGUCAGUGCGUUGAACUUGUGUGAAAGUUCAGUAAUGAGAAUCGCCGAAAAUUUUCCUUCUUUACGCGUGUUGGAUCUAAGCUAUUGUUUCCACUCGGUUUCGGAUCGUUGCUUGCAGAUGAUAUUCAAAAACAUGGUCUGGCUUAGACAUCUGAAUCUGGAUUACUGUGACAAGAUCUCCGACAGAGCAAUGACUGGUGUAGGAAUGCUACUGGAGGUCCAGGAGACCAGCAAAACUACGGCACCUAACCCGGCAGAGCCGAGUACCCAAUAUGUAGAAGAAAUUGAUCCGCAGCCAUCUACCUCGGGCAGGUCGCUCCUGGGAAAUCAACCAGACGAACCGUUCAAAAUUUCGAUUCGUAGCAAAGCGGAACAAGAAAUUGUAAACGAUGCCAUGCGAAAACGCGCCAUGAUGGAGAUGUGCCAGCAGAACGAAUUGCUAAAAGAUGAAGCCGGCAGUGACUUUAGCAUUGAUAGCCUGAAAGGGCUACGAGUGUUACGACUCUCCCAGUGCAAUAAACUUUCCGACAUUUCACUGAUGUAUGCUUUCAAGCUGAAAGAGUUGAAGGAAAUAAGUUUGUCUAAAUGUCAACAAAUAUCGAUAGAAGGAAUCCGAUCAUUAGCGCACAACUGUCCAUCGCUUGAGAUUGUCGAUCUCAGUGAGUGUCACAACAUUAAUGACAAAGCCAUCGAACUGCUAGCGAUCCAUUUAAAACGGCUACAAACGUUGUCCCUUGAACGGUGCUUCCAGCUUUCCGAUUUUAGUUUAGACUAUAUUGCAAUUCACUGCAAGGCGUUACGCACGCUGGACGUGCGAGGCUGCAGAAACAUGUGUGCUGAACCAAACCUGCGCCUAGCCAACGUGCCUACACUGAGGACAGUGCACAUGAGUAAACCCGGGCCCUACGUCGGUGAACCCGGGUACUUUGUCAAGAAACCGGCCCCACCCCCGAUGCCAAAACGCAUUUAAUAUUUGCUUUUGCUCGAUGCUGGCGGUUUGUUGCUCGUUGUUUUAGUAUUGAUUAUUUAUUUUCUAUUAUACUAGUAAGAAACUAAUUUUUUUAAGAUGAUUUGUUAAAGUUUUUUG